UCUUUCUCUUCGUCGUUCAGUUGCAGCGUGAUAGCUUGUACAGUAGGCUGACAUCAGACAAAUCUUACAAUGGGUAAGGAAAAGAUACAUAUUAACAUUGUCGUCAUUGGUCAUGUCGACUCUGGUAAAUCUACCAGUACCGGCCACUUGAUCUACAAAUGUGGUGGUAUCGAUAAGCGAGCCAUUGAAAAAUUUGAAAAAGAAGCCCAAGAAAUGGGUAAAGGUUCAUUCAAAUACGCUUGGGUCUUAGACAAACUAAAAGCUGAACGCGAACGUGGUAUCACGAUUGAUAUUGCCCUAUGGAAAUUUGAAACUACCAAGUAUUACGUCACCGUUAUUGAUGCCCCUGGUCACAGAGAUUUCAUCAAAAAUAUGAUCACUGGUACAUCUCAGGCCGAUUGUGCCGUACUGAUCGUUGCUGCCGGUGUUGGUGAAUUCGAAGCCGGUAUUUCCAAGAACGGUCAAACUCGUGAACAUGCUUUAUUAGCUUUUACUCUUGGUGUAAAGCAAAUGAUCGUUGGCAUUAAUAAAAUGGACAGCACUGAGCCACCCUAUAGUGAAGCCCGUUAUAAUGAAAUCGUAAAAGAAGUGAGCACUUAUAUCAAAAAAGUCGGUUAUAAUCCCAAAUCAGUAGCCUACGUUCCCAUCUCCGGUUGGCAUGGCGAUAACAUGAUAGAAGAAAGUACAAACAUGAAAUGGUUUAAGGGUUGGUCAGUAGAACGUAAGGAAGGCAACGCCAGUGGUAAAACCUUAUUUGAAGCCCUCGAUGCUAUCUUGCCUCCAAAAAGGCCUUCAGAUAAGCCAUUGCGCUUACCUUUACAGGAUGUAUACAAGAUUGGAGGUAUUGGUACCGUUCCUGUUGGACGUGUCGAAACUGGCACUAUAAAACCUGGUAUGGUUGUCACAUUUGCCCCAGUCAACGUUACUACUGAAGUUAAAUCCGUUGAAAUGCAUCACGAAUCCUUGACUGAAGCUUUUCCCGGUGAUAAUGUCGGCUUUAAUGUCAAAAACGUCUCUGUAAAGGAUGUCCGUCGUGGCAAUGUAGCUGGUGAUUCUAAGAACGAUCCUCCAAAAGAAGCCAAGUGUUUCGAUGCUCAGGUUAUUGUUUUGAAUCAUCCUGGUCAGAUCAACCCUGGCUAUGCUCCAGUAUUGGACUGCCAUACUGCUCAUAUUGCAUGCAAAUUCACCGCCUUAAAGGAGAAGAUCGAUCGUCGAAGUGGUAAAAAGUUAGAAGAAAACCCCAAAUUCGUCAAGAGUGGUGAUGCUACCAUUGCUACCCUAACUCCAAGUAAGCCUAUGUGCGUUGAAUCUUAUUCCGAAUAUCCUCCAUUGGGUCGUUUCGCCGUCCGUGACAUGAAACAAACUGUAGCAGUUGGUGUUAUCAAGAAAGUUGAAAAAGUAGAGAAGAGUGGUAAAGUCACAAAGUCUGCGCAAAAGGCUACUAAGGGCAAGAAAUAAUCAAUCCUGAUGCCCCUGAUAUAUUUAGAUUAAUAAAAAGUGUAAUACAAUAUCGUAGAUGAUCAUGUGUAAUUGUUACAAUUUUAUUAUGCUGUACUGCUGUUGCUGGCCUAAGCGUAAAUUGACUUAUCUUUCAG